AUGGGGCCAUGGCCCUGCUCCCCCCCGGGCGGCGGCGGGGCCCGCGCCCGGUGGCUGGGGUCAGUCCCUCCCGUGACGGUGCCAGGGCCUCAACGGCAGGCACAGUCCCUGCCCCACUGCACGCGCUCCCCAAGGCAGGCCGAGACACCAGGCGGACACCCCGUGGGACACGGCGUUCGCCGCCGUGACAGGCGCAGGCUCCCUCACCUCCUGGGCCCCAGUCGGGUGGUUCUGGCCAUCUGGUCCUCGGUUCCCUCCGCCCUGUCAGACCUCACAGUGGGCGAGUGCUCCCCCAAGUGCCACAACCUCUUCGUGCUGGAGACGGUGUGCGUGGCCUGGUUCUCCUUCGAGUUCCUGCUGCGCUCGCUGCAGGCCGAGAGCAAGUGCGCCUUCCUGCGGACGCCGCUCAACAUCAUCGACAUCCUGGCCAUCCUGCCCUUCUACGUGUCGCUGCUCUUCGGGCUGCUGCUGCUCUUCCUCUGCGUGGCCAUGGCGCUCUUCGCGCCGCUCGUGCACCUGGCUGAGCGCGAGCUGGGCGCGCACCGCGACUUCUCCAGCGUGCCGGCCAGCUACUGGUGGGCCGUCAUCUCCAUGACCACCGUGGGCUACGGCGACAUGGUGCCGCGCAGCCUGCCUGGGCAGGUGGUGGCGCUGAGCAGCAUCCUCAGCGGCAUCCUGCUCAUGGCCUUCCCGGUCACCUCCAUCUUCCACACCUUCUCGCGCUCCUACUCGGAGCUCAAGGAGCAGCAGCAGCGGGCCGCCAGCCCCGAGCCCGCCCUGCGUGAGGACAGCACGCGCUCCGCCAGCGCCACCGAGGACAGCCUGCAGGGGCCGGACGGGGCCGGAGCGCCCGGGGACUCCGCGGACCGCGAGUGGGCGCGCACGGGGCCGGCGUGACCCAGGCGGGGGUUUUGCGCACAGCGGUGGCCGCAGCUGCCCCUGGCACAGGAGGCUGCGUCUCACAGACUUUACAGCGACAGCCCUUGCCUCACACCGCACGGAGAGGGACAGGGACUGACCCGGGGGCGGCAGCUCCUGCCGCUGCCAGGGGCCUCGCUCCGAACUCUCGCGUGUCCAGCCAGCGUGCAUGCCCCUCGGCCUGGGCUGAUCCCGCGUCACUCGGAGGCGGGGCCGAAGCCAUGGGGUGCUGUGGCGAAAGGAAUUCGCGGGGGGCAUGGCCAACUGUUCUCCCUUCCGUUCCCUUUGAAGUCUGACUUUGGCUAAGGAAAAGUAAAUUCAGGAAAUUCUAGGAACUCCAAACCUAUGGCAAAUACCAGAAAGCUACGCUGUCCCCAGGCCUCGGCCUGACCCUUCCCUGCUCUUCGACCACUGAGGUCCCAGGGGGCAGUGUGGGGGCACAAUGGAGGCAGCCCUGGGAGAGGCAGGAAGUGAGUCGUCCCCAGCAGACGGGGGACGGUGCCUAUACAUCCAGCUCGGCAGAAGCCACAUCCCUGCCACGUGACGGGCACAGAGGUGUGACACCCAUGCUCACGGCCCCCCCGUUCCUUUGCGGGUCCGGCCCUGACCUCCGACCGCCCUCCCUGGCACUACCCCCUGAUCUUCCCGGGUGGCCGUCACAGGGACCUUUGCCCUUGCAGCUGCCUGCGGCCACCUCCUGUCCUCUGUCCUCUGGAACGCCGUCUGCUGUAGGAACAAUUCCCUCCCCCUCCACGGCUGGAGGAUCCGGGAGGAGACGGGAAGGGGCCCCCAGGCGUGCAGCUACUAGAAGCUCGUCUCCGCCGGCAUCACCGAGGGAUGGAACCUUCCGGUGAUGCUGCUUCGCACUUUUUCGUUUCAACGCCAUGACGUCUGGGACAUCGCUGCCACGAACCCUGCGGGAAGGAACCCUGCCUCACCCAGAGGACCGACGUGGGACACUCACCCACCACCGCCUGGUGUGGCUUUUGGCAGGGCACCUGGCAGGGACCAGCAGGGAGGGGAGGGGCGGCUGGGGCAGGGCCAGGCGGGGCUUCUGCUGCUGCAACCAAUAAAACGUGCCGCCUCCCGCACAGCUCGGCUGACUUCCUGUAGGCAGUGCCAACGUCCUCCCCAAAGCACAGGGGCUGGGGGGCCAGGAAGGGGCUUCCUGUGGUCACGGGGAGUCGGGACGCAUGAGUGUGGAGCCAUCUACCUGGACCGCGGCCCUGCGCGCACAGCCUACUGUGUCUCCGCUGCCCCCAGGGCGAGGCUGGGCGUCCAGGGGACCUGCCAGGAACAGACCCCAGGGCUGGGUGGGGUGGGAUGUCCGCGCUGAGCGGGGGCUCUGCAGGGCCACCACAAGGCAGCCUCAGUUUCCCCUUUCCUCUGACACUCCUGGCCACGCGUAAGUGCACAGACGCCCUGGCUCCACCGCCUGGGUGCCAGGCUGUGUCAGGCGGACAGGGCCCUGGCGAGCUGGGGAACUGGAAUUACUUGGU